UCAAAAGUGAGAGAGAGAGAGAGAGAUUUUCAGAUCCGAAGCAGUCAAGCUGUCUCUCAUAUAAUAUCAAUCCCACCCUCUCUAUCACCCUUCGACUUCACAGCACUGAUCGGUCAAUCCCAUCAACCCAUCAAAUCAAAAGAGCGAAACAUCAUGUCCUCCUCGUCUGCCGCCUUUUCACCGGACCCCCUCUCCCCCAACGAGCAGCUCUGUUAUGUCCAUUGCAACUUUUGCGACACCGUCCUUGCGGUGAGCGUUCCGUGUAGCAGCUUGUUCAAGACGGUCACGGUCCGAUGUGGUCACUGCACCAAUCUCCUGUCGGUCAACAUGCGAGGCCUCCUCCUCCCUCCGGCCGCUGCGAACCAGCUUCACCUUGGCCAUUCUUACUUCGCCCCUCAAAACCUUCUGGAGGAAAUCCGGAACGUGCCACCCAACAUGCUGAUAAAUCCGACGAUCCCGGACGAGCCAAUGGUGCAGCUACGAGGAGGGAUAGAAGAGAUCCCGAAGCCGCCGCCGGUCGUGAACAGACCUCCUGAGAAGAGACAGAGAGUCCCAUCUGCAUACAACCGCUUCAUCAAGGACGAGAUCCAACGCAUCAAAGCUGGGAAUCCUGAUAUCAGCCACAGAGAGGCCUUCAGUGCUGCUGCUAAAAACUGGGCCCAUUUCCCGCACAUCCAUUUCGGACUCAUGCCUGAUACUGAGCCCGUGAAGAAACCUAACUUUUGCCAACAGGAAGGAGAGGACGUGCUCAUGAAGGAUGGGUUCUUCGCGCCUGCAAAUGUGGGUGUCUCCCCCUAUUAGUAAUUGGCCAAGAAACCCGAAGAAAAAAAAAAGGGAAAGGAAAGAGCGUUCUUGUGUGUGUGUGUGUGUGUCUCUCUCUCUAAGUUCAUCAGUUCACUCAUCUUCUUCCUUUCAUUUCCCCAGCAUGAAAGUGUCGCUGCCAGUUCGUCUCUUAUCGUUCUACGCGUCGUGUUUCUAAGAGAGACUUUCUCUAAGCUCUAACUUUGUGGCUCUUGCUCAGCUUCUGUUGCACUCGUGGCGUGUUUGAAAGCUUUUUAGUUGGAUUGAUUAAGUUUUAGAGAGAGAGAGGGAGAGAGGGGUCUUGAAGCUCGGACAACAUGGAGCUUCUUGAAACCGAAACCUCGAUGGGUCGAGGUUUGUUCGCAUUUCUUAAUCUGUACUGUGAACCUCUUUCUUUAA